AACGUUUGAUGCAAAUUGAUUUCUCAAAGAUUAAAUAAAAAACGUCAGAAUGUUAAUUUUAAAACCAUGGCAUCAGAUAUGGAAUUAUUUUACUUAAAUCUAGCAUCAGCAACAAAAAAACUAUAAUAUGAGUUCAAGAAAUAUGUUUCCGAACUUUGAAAUACCAAACAAUUUUCAACAUUUCGAUGAAGAAAUUUCUCAAAACGAACAUAAACCAUUAAUAGAAGAUUCAAAAGAAGAUAAUUGUUCAAAGAAAAAAAACUGCGCAUUUUUUGAAGAUGAGUAUAAAUCAAAAAAAAUUAACAAAAGAUGGUCAAUGUUGAAGGAUCAGGCAAGUUAUUAUCAAAUUAUAAAUGAAGAAGUCGAUUCAAAUGAAGCUUCUUUUCCCUCUAUAAGUAAUAACAACAAAACUUUUGAUAGAAGAUUCUCGUCAGAAAAUUGUAAAAUUGAAAAAUCAAAACAUUCAUCAAACUUAAUCGGAAGUGCUAAAUGGGCAGCUUUAACGAAAAAAAAUGCCGAGCAACUUUUAUUAAAAUCUGAAAAUACAAAACCAGUGAUAGAUUCUGCAUACGACCUGAACUUGACUGAACUUGACACAAUUACCGAUAUUUCAGCAUACAAAAAAGACAAUUCUCCAGUAAAAGGGAAUAUAGAACCUCCUGCCGUAAAACCUGGAGUUUUAAUGAAGCGUAGUAACACAAUACCAAAACAAGCGGAUAAAUGGGGAACAAUAAAAGAACGCACUAGCUUAAUUGUAAAACCAACAGAUGAGUUUACAAAAAAGGUAAUGCCUUCCAACGACAAACCGCUUACUACAACACCAAAACUAUUAAAGGUUGUUACCGCAGUUACUGCGGCUAAAACAGCCACAACAAAGUUUAGAGAAGCUUCUAAAAUGAGAAUACGCCUGAAAGAAAGAAUGCGAAAAAUUGUUCAAGAAAGAUUGACCGUAAAACAAAUUUUCAAAAGAUAUAUUGAAAGCUCAACCCUUCAUGGUUUUUGCUAUGUUUGUAUGGAUACAUUUUUAGGAAGAAGAUUAAUAUGGGCUGUUUUAAUGAUUCUUGGUGCAAUUUAUUUCAUUUUUAAACUUCGAUAUGGGAUUAAAGAGUACUUUGAUUAUCCGUUCAGCACUUUGUCAACAGUUGAAUACGUUGAUGAUUUGCUCUUUCCAGCUGUAAGCGUAUGUGCAACAAACAGUUAUAUAGCUUCCCAGGUUUAUACUAAUCAAUUAAAUACAAUGUAUAAAGAAGGAAGAUUACCUUUAGAUAAUAAUCAAAGUAUCCCUGAAUACAAUAUACCGGGCGAUGAAUUAGUUAAAACACUUAAAAACAGUUCAUUAACAAUAGAAUCACUAUUAAAGUAUUGUGAUUGGAUCAUGCAAGAUACAAGUCAUCCGCUAGUUACUCCGAAUAAUUGUGGAGCUUUAAACUUUACUUCUUAUUUCAAUUACAAAGGAGAACAAUGCCAUACACUUAACUCUGGAGCAAAAGGGCAUGAACUUUUAAAAGUUAGUGAUGUAGGAAUUUCGCAUGGUUAUGAGCUUGUGUUUGAUUUACAAACAAAUGAAGUUAUUAAAAAUUAUCAACUUUCUGGAAUGAGAAUAGUAAUUCAUGAUCAAGUUUUUCCUCCACAGCUUGUUGAUGGAUUUUUCAUUUCUCCUGGAUUUAAAACAUACAUUAAACUAGGAAUAACUCAGUCUCAAAGUCUUCCUCCGCCUUACUCAACCGAAUGUGGACAAAAAAAGUUGAAAUAUUAUGCCAUAUACAGCCAAAGGCUUUGUCUUCUUGAAACAUUGACAGAUUUUACCGGCGAUUUAUGCGGAUGCAGAGAUGUUUUUAUGCCAGAAAACGGGCUUCCAUUUUGCUCAUUGCAAGAACUUUACUCGUGUAUGUAUCCUGCAAAAG